AUCUAAUAGUUAAUAUCAUGAAUUGCAUAACAAAUUUUUCUUUGGGAAAUAGUGAACCUUAUCUACUAAAAAUAAAUAACUAAAUAAAUACAUAACCCUAGCAGUAACCGAUUAGAAGACUGAUAACUGUUUAUUUAUCACAAACUCUAUAUAUUAGAGAUCGUCUGAUUGACAAAUUUUGUCAUGCUUUCUCUGUUCCAUAGUUAUGGCGCUGUCUACUUCCAGCAUUGCUCCGCUGUUGACGACGUCUCCACUGUCCGAUCUCUAUAUGGUCUCUUUCUCUGGACGGAACGUGGAGACGGUUGUCACUCGUGAACCGUCCACGGUUGAUCUCUGGAUCAGGAACGUCCGAUCACGGCAGACUGAACGCCUCAUCGGCCUCGAUAUAGAAUGGCGUCCCAAUCCCAACCCCAAGAUCAAGUCCAACAACCCCGCGGCGACUCUACAACUGUGUGCCAGGGAAACUUGCCUCAUCGUGCAGCUCCUCUACGUCAAGGAGAUACCCGUUUCACUUUUUGAUUUCAUGGCUGAUCCUUGUUACACUUUUGUGGGCGUUGGGGUUGGUGGAGACGGUAAGAAGCUUCAGAAGGAUUAUGGAUUGGGGGUAAGGAAUGUUGUUGAUCUUCGAACAUUGGGUGCCAUGAGGUGGGGCAGGAAGGAUUUUGAGAGGAUGGGGUUGAAGGCGCUUGCGUGGGAGGUUUUGAAGUGGGGCAUGGAGAAGCCUAUGAAUGUUACCUUAAGUCCAUGGGAUAAUGAUUCUCUUACCUAUGCACAAAUUCAGUAUGCAUGUAUAGAUGCUUUUGUUUCCUUCGAGUUAGGGAGGGUUUUCAAUGCCUGUGGAUCUGUUCCCCAAUCCAAAGACCCUUCCGUGCACUAACAAAUGUACAUUUGUUUGAUACUUGGGGUUUAAGUUAGGGUUUUUCUUUCAGUUUUAAAUUUUAUUUAUUUAUAUAUAUAUACAUAUAUUAAAGAGUUAGCUACAAUCUCUAUUUUGAUCCUAAAUUAGUAUUAAUUUGGUUAAAUUCUUGUUAAUUUUAAAAAUUUUAGUAUUGCUUACUGUUUAGUUGAACUUAGAGCCUGUUUGGUGUGACUUGUGAGAGUUUUUACUUUUUUAAUACUGUUAUAAAUGAUAAAUUUAAAU